CACAUGUUACCGGAAGGCACCAUUGAAUGAGAUGCAAUCACGAAAGCGCAUGAAAUGUUGAAGUGCACCAGGCAAGAUCAACACAUAAACGCAGAACACAAGGAUGAUGUAAGUUCAAAUCAGGACGAAGGGGGAGAGUUACCUGCAAUUGAGCCAAUACCAGUGGCACAGAAGAAGCGUAUUUGCGGAACAAGAACAGAACGUCCGAAGAAUGAGUUUGAGCAGAAAGGCAGCUUCUUCAAGCUGUUAGUAUAUCUUCAUUGGACAUGUAUACUGUUACUUGCAUAUGUUCGCGAAAUAUUAAGGAGAUGGGGACUCGAGGUUGACUAUGCUAAUAAAGAGCGGAAAGAACAAAGGGACUUCACUCCACUAUACUCUGAUUUCGAGUCUUUAUUUGAACGGUAUAUUUUUAUGACCGUACGAGACCUUUAUGAGAGGCCAAUUGUAACAGCACCAGGACCUACGGUGAAUCUCCUUGAUAGAACUUCCGAUGAUCACAACUGGACAUUCAAAUACACAGGAACCCAAACCAAUGUGAUUAACGUUGUUUCAUACAACUACCUCGGAUUCGCCAAUUCUAGUGGCCCUUGCGCUGAAGCUGCAAUGGCUAAAAUUGAAGAACAAGGAUUAGCGUUAUGUACGACCGUUCACGAAAGAGGUAAAUCUUCAACGCAACGUAGAUUGGAGAAACUCAUUGCUGAGUUUUUUGGUGUCGAUGAUGCAAUCGCAUUUAGCAUGGGGUUCGCAACAAAUUCGAUGAAUGUGCCUUGCUUGGUCGAUAGACAUUCGCUGAUAGUCUCCGAUCAACACAAUCAUGCUUCGCUUGUUCUUGGAUGUCGCUUAUCUGGUGCUAUGAUUGAAGUUUUCAAACACAAUGAUAUGGAAUCUCUCGAGAAAACCAUUCGUGACGCAAUAACCUAUGGGAAUCCAAAAACACAUCAACCUUACAAAAAGAUCCUAAUAGUAGUUGAAGGAAUGUACUCGAUGGAAGGAUCCAUAUGUAACUUACCUGCUAUUAUCGCUUUGAAGAGGAAAUACAAAGCUUACCUAUAUAUAGACGAAGCACACUCUGUUGGUUCUCUUGGAAGCACGGGCAGAGGAGUAGUUGAAUACUGGGGAUGUAACCCAAACGAUGUUGACAUACGCAUGGGAACAUUCACAAAAAGCUUCGGCGCUUCUGGUGGUUUCAUAGCUGGAACAAAGGAAGUUAUUGACCAUCUGCGUGUAAAUUCACCGACCGGCUUGUACUCGUCUCCAAUGUCGCCGCCGGUGGCGCAACAAGUAAUCACAUCAAUGAGUAUCAUUAUGGGAAAGGAGGGCACAGAUGACGGCGUUCGUCGUAUCAAACAACUUGCUCGAAACGCUCGCUAUUUCCGUCUACGAUUAAAGCAGAUGGGUUUCAUUGUUUACGGUAGCGAUGACAGUCCGAUUGUACCAGUGAUGCUCUACCAUCCAGAAUACGGAGUUUAUGGAAGAGAGAUGUUUGCAAGAGGAGUGGGAAUCGUUGUGAUAUCAUUCCCGGCAGUUCGAAUGACGGAGAUUCGCUGUCGCUUUUGUUUGUCAGCGGCACACACUAAAGAAAUGCUUGAUAAGGUACUCGAUGCGAUUAGCGAAGUUGGAGAUCUGACCGGCACGAAACUCUCGAGUAGAAGACAUCUGUACAAAAACGUAAAGAUCAAGUGGUGAAAAAGUACAUCAAAUAUCACGUUUAUGCGGGUCAAAAGCAUGAGCUAAAGUCAAACUUAUGCUACAAUUUCUCAGCUUUGACUCUGUACUUCCGUCUAAAUCAACACUGAUCAAAUGAAAACAAGCACAUACACAUUUC